AUGUCCAGGUGUAAUGUUUAUGAUCUGCAGCUCCUCCCACCUCGAGGGAGGAGGGACCGGGUUUUGGCCAGACGGUCUGUCUUGGACUCGAGGGGUGCUGUCCAGGGUGAGGAGGAGGGGGAGAGAGCCCCGAAGUCAGAAAGGAUGGGAGAAAGACAGGAGGAGCCCAGCGGAGAGGAGAGCAGAGUCCUGACCCGGAGUCCAGGGCAAGGGACCCUGAUUGCUGGCAAAGGCGACACUCAUAAAGGGAUACCAGAAGCCUGUCCAGGGCACCCACACCUCUGUGGCGUGGUUGAUAAUGGGGCACUUGGUGGCGUGGUGGAUAAUGGGGCAUCUGGGGUCGUGGUGGAUAAUGGGGCGUCUGGGGUCGUGGUGGAUAAUGGGGCAUCUGGGGGCGUGGUGGAUAAUGGGGCAUCUGGGGGCGUGGUGGAUAAUGGGGCGUCUGGGAGCGUGGUGGAUAAUGGGGCGUCUGGGGGCGUGGUGGAUAAUGGGGCGUCUGGGGGCGUGGUGGAUAAUGGGGCGUCUGGGAGCGUGGUGGAUAAUGGGGCAUCUGGGGGCGUGGUGGAUAAUGGGGCAUCUGGGGGCGUGGUGGAUAAUGGGGCAUCUGGGGGCGUGGUGGAUAAUGGGGCAUCUGGGGGCGUGGUGGAUAAUGGGGCAUCUGGGGGCGUGGUGGAUAAUGGGGCAUCUGGGGGCGUGGUGGAUAAUGGGGCACUUGGUGGCGUGGUGGAUAAUGGGGCAUCUGGGGUCGUGGUGGAUAAUGGGGCGUCUGGGGUCGUGGUGGAUAAUGGGGCAUCUGGGGGCGUGGUGGAUAAUGGGGCAUCUGGGGGCGUGGUGGAUAAUGGGGCGUCUGGGGUCGUGGUGGAUAAUGGGGCGUCUGGGGUCGUGGUGGAUAAUGGGGCGUCUGGGGGCGUGGUGGAUAAUGGGGCGUCUGGGAGCGUGGUGGAUAAUGGGGCAUCUGGGGGCGUGGUGGAUAAUGGGGCAUCUGGGGUCGUGGUGGAUAAUGGGGCGUCUGGGGUCGUGGUGGAUAAUGGGGCAUCUGGGGGCGUGGUGGAUAAUGGGGCAUCUGGGGGCGUGGUGGAUAAUGGGGCGUCUGGGAGCGUGGUGGAUAAUGGGGCGUCUGGGGUCGUGGUGGAUAAUGGGGCAUCUGGGGGCGUGGUGGAUAAUGGGGCGUCUGGGAGCGUGGUGGAUAAUGGGGCGUCUGGGGGCGUGGUGGAUAAUGGGGCGUCUGGGGGCGUGGUGCGUAAUGGGGCAUCUGGGGGUUUUGUGGAUAAUGGGGCAUCUGGGGGAGAGGGGUGA